AUGAAUGCAAUAGUAGCCCUUGUGCACUUCUGCGAAGUUGAAGGCCCGAGCGUGAUUUUUUGUACACAAGCAUUUCAUGACAAUAGUUCCAGUGAAGACUUACCAUUAGACAGUUCACAUUCGGAUAGUAGCGAUAAUACAUUUCCCUUGCAUAAUCCAGAAAAUACGUAUGAAACCGCCAAGGACAAUUAUUCCUCGUCCUGUGCCUCUUGUGGCUUUACAUUACCACCCUUAGAUGAGAAAAAUUAUCCAAAUGCCAAAAAUAAUAGCACCGCUACUACCAAUACCGAAUUCAAGGGUUUCAAAACGGAAGAUGAUGAUAAUCCAUUAGUUGCUUACAUUGGGUCUCGGUAUCCACAACACUCGCAGCUCUAUUCAGUUGUUCGACAAGCUUGUGUUAGAAGUUUAAGUUGCGAAUUCUGUCAAGGAAGAGAAGGUCCCGUCUUAUUUGGCGACGAGAAAAAUGGCUAUAUCUUAAGUUAUAUGUUUAAGAUCAAAGAUAGUCAAGCCCGAGGAUCACAUCGUUUUUAUAGUUUUAUUUUCUUAAUGACCGAUCGAGUUUAUCUUGUCGCAUCUUGGCCAUUCCUUGUUAGUAAAUUUCGUGUUUUAGCUACAAAUCUACAAGCAAAAGCAUCACAAGUUUAUGAUAAAGAAAAGGCAACGCGUGAAAAGCAAGACGAUCCCUUUAUGUCACGUACUGGUCCAUUACCGCAAACAUCUCCAGAUCAGUUUCUACGAAGAAGAGCCAACCAGCCUUUGAGAUCGUUAGUUGACUUGUUAGGAUCCAAGGUUGAAUUCAAAAAUCUCUUGAUUUGCCCGCAACGGCUCUUUUGGAUUCUGAAAGCGGGCGGUCGACGAUUGCAAGAACGACAGAUUCAUGGUGAAAAUCUGUCACCUGAAUUGCAUGAUUUCACGCCCAAGUCUGCCGGUCUCUUCCAACCAAACUCAAAUAUCAAUUAUGACAAUGAGCUAAAUUGGUCAUCCUCCUCCCUCUUUGGUAAAGGGAAUAUUUUCCUCGCAGAUUCAAAGAAUUCGAAUUCUGAGCUACGGAUAAAUAAUCUACCAUACUUGCAAAGCAUGUUAGGAAUUUCUACUUUUCGCAAGAUAGUUUUCAAUUAUGUAAGGGGGAAUCAACUAAUCAUCCGAGGAUCUAAUCAGGAGAUAGUGAAGUCUAUUAUAAACGUCAUAAAGGACCUGAUUCCACGUAAAUGCUAUUCUGUAAUAGAAUAUGAUCACAAGUAUCAUAAUGCGACGGAAUGUAAUCUCUUAGGAUUAAGCGAAACAGCUAAUAUUCCGGAAAAUGUUAAUACAACUUCUAUUUACUCCGUUAAAGAAAGUCACACAGUAUUAGAGGAUCUUCAAUUCCUCUUGAAAUACGGAACAGAAGAAAAAGCGAAAACUAAAGAGCCGCAAGUUAAUCAUAAUAAAACUAUUGCUGCUACGACAAUUUCAACUACGAAUAAACCACCAAUUUUAUAUAUGGAUCAAUUAAUUGAAAUUCUUGAAUCGAAUUUAUCACUUGAAUUGCUGGAAAUGCGAUUGAUUAUAUUUAAAGAGCAAUGGUUAUGUAAAGCGCAACAAUUUCUGAGGUAUUUAAAGUUUGGCGUAAAUGGCAUUCCUAGUGGAAAUAAUAUUGGAGUUGCGAAUGGAGGACUAUUGUCUGAAAAUAUCAGCAAUAACGCGUUAUCAACAACAUCAACAUUAAGACAACUUGAAUUUCUCAAACAAUUAAACAUUGACGAACACGAUCUUCCAAUUAUCAAGUUUUGGACGGGUUAUUAUAGAAAUGGAUGUUGUGACUGA